GCCCCAAGCACUCUCAGCCCCGGCCGGCCACACCGCUCGAUCUCCUCCCACGGGUCCCCAGCUCCGCGAUGAUGGCCGAAGAGCACACGGACCUGGAGGCCCAGAUCGUCAAGGACAUUCACUUCAAGGAGAUCGAUCUGGUGAACCGAGACCCCAAGAACAUUAACGAGGACAUAGUCAAGGUGGAUUUCGAAGACGUGAUCGCGGAGCCCGUGGGCACCUACAGCUUCGACGGCGUGUGGAAGGUGAGCUACACCACCUUCACCGUGUCCAAGUACUGGUGCUACCGCCUGUUGUCCACGCUGCUGGGUGUCCCGCUGGCCCUGCUCUGGGGCUUCCUGUUCGCCUGCAUCUCCUUCUGCCACAUCUGGGCGGUGGUGCCCUGCAUCAAGAGCUACCUGAUCGAGAUCCAGUGCAUCAGCCACAUCUACUCGCUCUGCAUCCGCACCUUCUGCAACCCGCUCUUUGCCGCCCUGGGCCAGAUGUGCAGCAGCAUCAAGGUCAUGCUGCGGAAGGAGGUCUAAGGCCAGGGGACGAUGAGGGUGAUGGGGCAGGGACGUCAGGCCAGGCUAGCCCCCGCUACUGCUCCACAGGGCCAGCGAAGAGCUCAAUCUCUUUAGGGACUGCUCAAUUUUCCCCCACGAUGGGAGCACACGGCGUAGGAAAGCCAGAAAGAACACACAGCCCAGCC